AUGUACGAUUUUUUAUCAUUAACCGACAAAGAAAGUGUUCGAGUAUUUAUUGCAAAUGAUUUAAAAAUUCAUGAACUUCAUGUAGAUGCAACAAAACAACGUACACAAUUAGCACAAUCAUCAAACGAACAAAAAAAUCGUAAAGCUCAUGUAUUUGACAUUCCACUUCAAAGACUCGAUAUGAAACUUGUUAAAAUUGAUAAUUUUGAAUUUAAUGUUCCAACAUUUUUAUGUGCCUGUAUUGAUAGUAUACGACAUCAUAUUGAAAAAGAAGGUUUAUUUCGAAAAUGUGGAGUGAAAGAACGUGUUGAUUCUCUUGUAAAUACUGUUAACGAUGGUUCAUUUAGUUCAUUAACAACAGUACCUGUCAAUGACGUUUGUUUACUAUUGAAAAAAUUUUUACAACGACUUCCACAACCACUUAUCACAUAUUAUACUCAACAAUUACUAUUUGAAUGUUUACAACAAAAAUUUCCAUUAAUAAAUGAAAAUGAAAAAAUUGAAAUUUAUUUAAAUAUUUUAUUACUUUUACCCGAUGAACAUUUGCAUUCAUUAAUUUAUAUUUUAAGAUUUUUAUUUGAUAUAUCGAAACAACAACAAUCAAAUAAAAUGGAUGCUCGAAAUUUGGCUAUUUGUUUGGGACAAGGUUUAAUGCGUUGUGAAUUAAAACAAACAAUGACUGAAUCGUAUGUUAAUAAUGUAACCCAUAUUUGUGAAAUAUUAAUUAUGAAUGCUGAUAAAUUGGGUAUUGUUAAAAAAUCAAUUUAUGACCGAGCGCAAAUGUUAAUUAGUCUACAACAACAAUCAACAGCAGAAAAUGGAAGUGGACAAGAUGAUAGUUGUUUAAUUAACACAGGAGGGAAACAAUCGUUGAAUGGAAAAGGUGAUUGUGCCAAAAAACGAAGAAGUGGAACAGUCAAAGAGUUUUUUGCUCAAAUCUCUAAUCGUUGGCGUCGUCGAUCAAGUUCAAAUAACGAUAGUCGAGAUCAAACAACAAUGUUUUUAGACCAAAGUGGAAAAUUGUCAUCAUCGCAUCAUCAACAUCAUAGCAGUAGUAGUAGUGGUGGACAUUGUUUAUCAUCGUCAACAACAUCCAAAAGAAAAUCGAGUGAUGAUCCAUAUUCGGGAACAAAUACCAAACGUAAACCAAAAAGUGAAAAAUUAUCCGUACCUGAUGGUGUUGGUGCAACCGCAAGUGCAAGCACUAAUCGAUUUACAAGUCCUAUAUCAGCCUUUCGCCGAAAAAAGAAGAUGCCUGGGAGUUUAACAAUCGAAGAACAAGGAUUUCCGUUUAAACUCGAAAAUUCUCACAUUCCACAUCUUCAUUUUACAGACGAAGUGCCACCACGAUUUAGUAAUAGUAGUCAAAAAUAUCCAAUCGGUGAUGGAACAAGUUCGUCAACAGCAGCAACAAUAAUUCCAUUAUUACCGAUGCCAAUAUUACCAACAUCAUCAAUCAAUAAAUCGCUCGAUUCAAAAAAACUGAAUAUUUUGGAAAAAUGGUCUAAAGCAAGCAAAGUGCGUAUAAUGUUUCUUUUUUACAUUUGUUAUUGUUUAUCUAUUUGAGAAAGAGUGUACUUAUCAAGCUAGAACAUAAAGUUCAAUUAUAAUUUUCUUUGGAGAUAUCUACG